AUGGAUUUUCCCAAAUUAUUAAACAAACCUUCAAUAGAUUUAUUAAAAAAUGACUUUCCUCAUUCAAGCAAAUUUGAGUUAGAGCAUACUAGUAUUUCUAAAUAUCCAUUUUUAAAAAGUGGCUUAUCAUUUUCAAAUAAUACAUAUAGCAUUUACACAAGCUUUAAAAAUAGCAUUUAUGAUACGAAAAAUGAAAUAAAAUUUGAUAACUCAGGAAUAAAUUUUCUAGAUAUAAAGUAUCAACCUGCUUUCAUAAAAAAUGUUAAUUUGUGUGGAAAGUAUAUGAAAAAUAGUGAAAAAGCAGAUGAUACGUUUGAAAUAUAUAGUGAAUAUAACACUGAAGAUACGAACAUAUUUUCAUCAAUUAAUGUUCGAAACUUUUUUUUUAAAUAUAUUCAUGUCUAUUCCCAUCCUAAAUAUCCAAAUUUUAAACUUGGAGGUUUAAUUCAAGGAAAUCUGGAUAUCAAAAAUUUGCAGUACUCAUUUGGUGGAGCAUACACUAAAAAUCAUAAUGAUAAUCAUUAUAUUUUUUCAUUCAGAUCAAUUCCUAGCAACAAACAUUUAUAUGGAUUAUUAGCAUUUAAUUUAUUUUUUCAAAAUAAAAAUAUAAAUGAUAAUGCUGUUAGUAUUGAGGUUGUCCAGAAUAUGAUUGAAAAAAAAGCAAAUAUAAAUGUUGCAUCUAUAUGGUAUCUUAAUAAUAAAAAUACUUUUAUAAAAACAAAGAUUAGUAAUGAUACUAAAGUUGCUUUAUCACUAACUCAUAAAUAUAAUGAAUUUGUAACUGUAACAUUAGGAUCACAAAUUGAUUUAUCAAAAAUAUCUCUUCCAGAUAAUACAAAAUUUGGAGUAAAAUUAUAUUUAAAAUCUUAA